GUGGACUGUCCCGCACGGCAGCUUUUGGUCUCUUCGGAUUGCAGCUUUAGGGUCAAACGGAUAACCUGGUCAAACACGACAGCUCCACUUCGACAUAGAAAGAGUUAAAUAUCAGAUGAAAUGGAAGUUCUCACACUCCUGAUGAUGAUGAUGAUGAUGGUGGUGAUUCAACUUCCCGCGCAUUCGUUAAUCUUACCCGCCAGACCUGAAAAACUCCCUGCAGCUGUCGGCAAGAUGGACUACUUGGACAUGUAUGACUUUGCGGAGGUGCCAGCCGAGCAAUGGAAAGCCAAAAAAGAAGAGGAGGAUGCUGACGCCAACCUGAGAGAAGACAUAUUGCGAGAAGAACAAGAGAGCAGGCUGGUUGCAGGAAUCAUUCCUCACGACAUCCAAACUGCAAACACAAACAUUGUAAUACAAGAACAUAAGGAAGGACUGAACACACUUUCCGCUCAGCUGGGGGAAGAAUCUGAGAUCCACAUCCUCCGUCCCGCUUCUCCUGAUCCUCCUCCAGCAUCUCCUAGUGAUCCCACUUCUUACACCACAGUCACUCUUGACUUGUCCUCUCCGUCUCCUGUCAAGCGCGAGUCCAUUUCGCUGAUGGAAGAUGUCCUCACUGAGGUCCUGCAGAGUCCUGGACAUUACUCCGAGCACACUAAUGUAGAAGACGGAAUGGUGCGAAAUCUGCCGACUAGGACGCCUCCCCAAAAUGUGCACAUGGGAAAAAGAAACCCGGUCGAAAUAGAACCAGAAACUGAAACUCAGUUGCCAAUUAAGACAAUAAAAGUCAGAGGUGGUAAAAAGGGAAGGAAAAGGAAGCAAAAAAACCCAAAGAUGGCUAUCAAAAAGCCCCAUUUUCCUUACUUCCUGGACAACUACUGUCCCCCAGAUUGUGCCUGCUAUGGAGGGGUGGUCCAAUGUUCGGACAAAGCAGUGGAAAAGAUUCCGUACGGCGUCCCCUACAGUGUCCGCUACCUUCUGCUAAUGAACAACCACAUCGACAGCAUCCAGCUGGACCUCCUCAGGGAAUACGUCUCCAUGGAGUUCUUGGUCCUGAGCAACAACCGUCUCAAAGACGGCACCAUAGAGGGCGCGUUCGAGGGCGUCCCGGCCUUGAAGCGUCUCUACCUGGAUGGGAACCUUCUGAUGAGCGUGCCGACAGAUCUUCCGGGUUCUCUAGAGGAGCUGCGCCUGGACAAUAACGGUUUGGCGGUGAUGUCAGAGGUAGCCUGGGCUCGGUGUCCUGGUCUCUUGGUGUUGAGUCUUAGGAACAACACACUAGGUGAAGGAUCAGGAUCUCUUCCGGACGCAGUGCUUUCCCCACUACGCCGCCUGCAAACUUUGAACCUGGACCUCAACCAGCUGACCUCGGUUCCGCUGGGGUUGCCCCUAUCCGUGAAGGAGCUGUACCUCAGAGGGAACCUCGUUGAGCACUUCAGUGGGCGAGUCUUUGACGGCACACCCGAGCUGGUUGUGCUGGAUCUGAGUGCUAACCGACUGACCAAUAAGGGUCUUCCUAAAGACGCUCUCCUCAACGUGACCAACCUGGAGAGUCUCAACCUAGAAGGGAACCGACUCAAACAAGUGCCCCGGCACCUUCCCUUGUCCUUGAAGACCUUAAACCUUGAGUGCAACCUAAUCUCCUCUGUUAAACGAAGAGCCUUUAGAAGCUUGAAAAACCUGGAACACCUGGGCCUGGCUCGGAACAAGAUCUCCAAAGUGGUUCCAGGCGCCUUCCGAAGCUUGCCCGCCUUGCACCAGUUAGACCUUUGCCACAACGCCUUAAACCACGUACCCAGGCAGCUACCACAGGGUCUCCACUCUGUCGCGCUCACGCACAACAAGAUCCACUCGGUGCCGCGGGAUGCCUUCUGCUGGGGCCUUGCGGGUUCUGGAUUCAGCAGGCUGGUCCGAGUCCAGCUGGAGAACAACUUGAUUGACAUGGCAAUGCUGGAUUCGAAGGCUUUUAGGUGCUUGAGAGGCUUCCAGGUGGUACAUUUCUACUGAGCCAGAGGACAAGAAAACACACCCAUGUUGAAAUAUUUAUUGUUUUAUUUUGGUGUAUGAAGUGGGAUCUUUUGAUCAUUUUCUGACACCCGAGAUGUUUUUAUUUCUGCUGGAAGAGACCAAAAUCUAUUAAAACGGGGAUACUAGAAAAACUUUUGAGGAAAAUAAAAUUCACCUCAUGAACAAUACAAUUUAUUUAUGUUUACUUCUUGCAAACAUUAUAGAAAAGAUGCUGUAAAUUUAAUCAAACAUCAAUAAAAAUUAUUAGCGUUG